UGGUUUCAGAGGAAGCGCUGUGAACGGCUGUGUUUCCGCCAAACCACCUCUGAACAGAGAGACCAUUAGACACCCGGGACGCACUCACUCGAAUGGUAUUUAAUCUCCCAUUACAACACGAUGUCAAUGACUGAGGAUCUUCCAGACAUGGAUGGAACAGAUCUGUUGGGGAUGCUGUUUCACGACGGCUCUACUGAGCCCUUCUUUCCUGAUGGGAGCGGGCUCAUCGAAUCCUGGCUGUCUGAACAAGAUAUGCUAACCGGUAUGGAUACUGAAGACUUUCUGUCCAGCUUGUUAGAAGAGGAGGACACUUUGGGGACUAUCUGUCCCUCUCAUUCUCCCUUGGGCAGUGACAGUGGCAUUUCUGAUGACAGCAGCACUGGGGUUGGAAACAACAAUGCUCUGGGAUGCCCAAGUCCUCACAGCAGUGAUAGUGAUGUUGUGCCCAGCCCCAGUUACUCGCAGCCCAGUCCUGUGCACUCAGACCCUGCACUGGCCCCUGGAGAGCUCCACACAGAGAGUGUGGAGGCCUUGACAGUCAAGGCAGAUCACAGCUACUCUUUGCUGCAGAGUGGAGGGACAGACAUGGAUAUCCUGCAGAGUGUGAGGGCAGAGAGGCCAGAUACAGAUGUCUUCAUUGAUCUGGACGACCUGGUGAGUGAGGAAAUGGAGGAGGACGACGACGACGUCACCAGUGAGCUCCCCUGCACUUUGGCCAUAGAGGAAUUAACCGAGGUUUCCACGUUGACCAACAAAACAGACCAGUUUCAGUUCAAAGAGAUUGUACUCAGUGAGGAGGAGAAGCGGCUUCUGAAUAAAGAGGGAGUCACCAUCCCCACACACAUGCCUCUCACAAAGGCAGAGGAGAGGUCCUUGAAGAGGAUCAGGAGAAAGAUCCGCAACAAGCAGUCUGCUCAGGAGAGCCGCAAGAAGAAGAAGGUGUAUGUCGACGGACUAGAGAACAGGGUUGCCAUCUGCACUGCACACAACCUGGAAUUGCAAAAGAAAGUCCAAUUGCUCCAUAAACAGAACAUAUCCUUGAUUGAGCAGCUGAAGAAACUACAGUCGAUGGUGAAGAUGUCGACUAUGAAGGUCAGCACAACCAGCACUUGUGUUAUGGUGUUCCUGCUCUCGUUCUGCCUCAUCAUCUUCCCAUCAGUCAAUCCUUUUGGAGGAAAAGCAGAACAAAAGGAAAUCUACACACCCACCUCCAUCAUCUCACGGACCUUGCGCUCACUGCCACAAGACAGCACGUAUGCCAUGUCCUACAUGGAGCCCGAAGAAGAUGAUUUUACAUUUGGCACCCAAGCAGAGGUGGAGAAUGUUAAAGCCAUAUUUACUCUCAGUCAGAAAAAUCACACCCCUGACUACCAGAGAGUGGAGCAACCUGACUCGGAAACAGGCGUCAACAGCAACUCUUCAGCAGACUUCGCCAGUCCCGCUCAGGCUGCAGAGAUGAAGCCAGGUCCAGCUGGGGGUUUAGGGAUCUCACAGGAAGGAUCCAUUGACCCGGUGGUGGCAUAUGAGGUAGCAGGGUCCAAGGAUAACUGGAUAGACCGGAACCCUCCCUCUGUCAUAUUACCUCAGCACCACUCUGAUGAGAUGUAGUAGUGAUAUUUAUCAUCAUAUCCACUACGGCGGUCCAUAAUCCUGAUAUUUUGGGUACAAGAGGGAAUAUAAACUUACAUAAUGAUGAUGAUGAAGGGAAAAUACCUGUAAAUAUAAGACCUCAGAUCAAACUGCCCCAACGUUUCCCCUCUGAUGUACUACUGUUUCUUUAUUUGCACUUUGUUCCGUUUUCCUUGAACCAAUAGAAGCUCCGGCAGUGUAAACUACCUAAUGAAAAGGACAAUGCAGAGAUAAUAUGCACGUCUGUGUUGCUGGAGGCCAUGUGCCAAGUUGGAAGCACUGUAGUAAAGCAGUAAAGACUCAAAUUUAGUCAACUUGUUGGCACCCCCCACAAGACGUUUUUGUUAUGAACCAGCAGUCGUGUAAUCAAAGAGAACAUGAUGACAUUAUUCAAGGGUGGGUUUCCUUUGACCAUCACAUCAUAAUAUACGCUUCUUAAUCACAACCCUCUCGUAGUAAAUUGCGGUGAAAACAAGUACGCCAUAAAAUUUGCACAGCAACUUAAUUUGCGACAUCCAUCGCAUUGUCGAAGACAGGCUGCUCGGUUCCCAUUAGGCUUGAUCCAAGCUGUCACUCACCACGAUGCUUAAGCCAUUGCAGGACAUUUGGCCAUUUAGAAGACUUUUAAAGUUUGUUAGCAUUUCCCUUGUAACAAGGGUUUCCUCGCACCUUUUUCAUUGUUUCGGUUUUUACGUUAAUGUACAGUGAACCAAGAGAAUGUGUCUUUUAAAUUAGAGAGGAAGACACUGAACCGUUUGACUGUAGAAUUGUUAGUCGACCCCAGUCUACCCUCGAAAUCACGUUUGACAAUUUCAUGGGACAAGUCUUUUUUUUUAUGAUCAAAUCUGAUGGACCUUAUCACCUGUGCGCACAGAAUAAGGAGUUUGAUAUAUUUGCUCGGUAAACUGUGUUGCAGUAAAAUGUUAUUAAAAAAUGUGAUGACCUGUUCUGUCAGUGAGGCAUUUUUGUUGUUUUUUCUGUGUAUUAUGUUACUGUUUUUAAUGAAAUCUAAAUGUUAUUGGAACUGCUUUUUUGGUAUAAUCAAGAUUUUAAAUGUGGCUCAUGUUGAACAGAUGCACUGACAUUUGACAUUUGUCCAAGAAUGUAAAUAAGCUUAAAUGACUGUAGCUUUCUGUACAUUUGAUCUCUUUAUGUAUGAAAUAUGUCUGGACAUCUAUUAUAAUAAUAAUAAUAAUAAACUUUUUAUAUACAUCAAAACAA